AUUUCUACGACUAGCAACACUCACUGUGGUGACGUUUUCCAGGACCGUGCCGUGUAAAGAUCUCAGAAAAAUCGACAGAAGAAGGAAAAACAAUACUUUUCUACAAAUAUUUUGUGUGUCGAACGUAAAGAUUGAUUAUGUGGACUGUAAUAACGCGUAUCAUUGCAAUUUAAUUAGUCUUUUGAUGUGAUAGUAAAGGAAUAACAUCUCAUCAUGAUCACGACAGCUUCAUUAUUCGUUUGCGCAUUAUCGCUUUUGACAUGUGUAAAAGCGUUUUAUUUACCCGGCUUAGCCCCGGUAAAUUACUGCAGUAAAACCGGCGAGGAUAACGCAAACACUUGCAAAAAUGAAAUCCCAUUGUAUGUGAACAGAUUAAACACAGAAGAGUCAGUGAUACCAUUUGAAUAUCACCACUUUGAUUUCUGCACAACAGAUGAAACUCAAUCCCCGGUUGAGAAUCUUGGACAAGUUGUGUUCGGGGAGCGAAUUAGGCCAAGUCCGUACAAGCUGAAUUUUAUGGAAAAUGUGGAUUGUGCAGCUGUGUGUACAAAGACUUACAAGGGAUCUAACCCGGAGUCGCUAAAGAAGUUGAACUUGUUGAAGAUGGGUAUGGCGCUGUAUUAUCAGCAUCAUUGGAUACUGGACAAUAUGCCGGUGACCUGGUGCUACUUGGUGGAUAAGGAGAAGACUUAUUGCAGCACUGGCUUCCCUAUGGGAUGCCAAGUCAGGAGGGAUUUGGACACAUGUACACCGAUCGUAGCGACUAAUCAAGCCCCGGUCGGCGCAUACUUCCUGUUCAACCACGUGGACAUCGAGAUAACGUACCACAGCGGCGCCGAGGAGGAGUGGGGCGUCGGCUUCGGCGAGAAUGGCGGCAGGAUUAUCUCGGCUAAGAUCAAACCAGCCAGCAUCCGGCACACGAACACCGAAAAGCUCGACUGCAAUGCUCGAACUCCCCUCGAAAUACCCAACAUGCUCACCGGAGACGAGACCUUCUCCAUCACCUACUCCUACAGAGUCACAUUCCACCGGAAUAACACCAUCAAAUGGUCAUCCAGAUGGGACUACAUCCUCGAAUCGAUGCCGCAUACGAAUAUUCAGUGGUUCUCCAUAUUGAACUCGCUGGUUAUAGUGCUCUUCCUUAGUGGAAUGGUUGCUAUGAUUUUGUUGAGGACUCUUCAUAAGGAUAUUGCGAGAUAUAAUCAGAUGGAGUGCGGAGAGGAUGCUCAGGAAGAGUUUGGUUGGAAACUGGUGCACGGAGAUGUGUUUCGGCCGCCGCGGCGGGGAAUGCUGCUGGCUGUCUUCCUGGGAUCCGGGGCGCAGGUGUUCGGCAUGACCUUGGUGACCCUCGCAUUCGCAUGCCUCGGUUUCCUGUCGCCCGCCAACCGCGGCGCCCUGAUGACGUGCGCGCUGGUUGCUUGGGUGUUGCUAGGAGCGGCCGCUGGUUAUGUCAGCGCGCGUAUCUACAAGAGCUUCGGCGGACGGCGGUGGAAGAGCAACAUACUGCUCACUUCGAUGGUGUGCCCUGGCGUGGUGUUCUCCCUGUUCUUCAUAAUGAACCUGGUUCUCUGGGGCAAAGGCUCAUCGGCGGCCAUUCCAUUUUCGACCCUAUUGGCGCUGCUGGCUCUGUGGUUCGGAGUGUCUGUGCCGCUAACAUUCAUCGGCGCUUACUUCGGCUUUAGGAAGAGGAUCCUGGACCACCCUGUGCGCACCAACCAGAUCCCCCGACAGAUCCCUGAGCAGUCUCUCUACACGCAAGCAGUGCCCGGCGUUGUUAUGGGCGGUGUGCUGCCGUUCGGCUGCAUCUUCAUACAACUGUUCUUCAUUCUCAACUCUCUGUGGUCUAGCCAGAUGUACUACAUGUUCGGCUUCCUAUUCCUCGUGUUCGUGAUCCUCGUGAUCACAUGCUCCGAGACAACCAUCCUGCUCUGCUACUUCCACCUCUGCGCCGAGGACUACCACUGGUGGUGGCGCGCCUUCUUAUCCUCAGGCUCCACCGCUGGUUACCUCUUCGUCUACUGCUGUCAUUACUUCGUCACCAAACUGAACAUAGAAGACGCCGCCUCCACUUUCCUCUACUUCGGUUACACGCUGAUAAUGGUAUUCUUAUUCUUCCUUUUAACGGGCACUAUAGGAUUCAUGGCCUGCUUCUGGUUCGUGAGGAAGAUUUACAGUGUAGUUAAGGUAGAUUAGAUGGACUCUGUAUGCCCCGUGUCUCAGAUGUUUGGGAUGUGUAAGGAUUUUAAUUCAUCAGUGUAUAGUUGGAUUUACAAAUGUGCUGGUUGCGCAAUUUCAAGUUGAAAAGUGUUCGGAAAAAUUAGGAUUCAUUUUGGAGACGGAAAAUUUCGAUUCUCAUACAGAAAUUUGAGAAGUUUUUGAUAUUUUGGAAACUCUGACGGCACAUCAGUAGAUGGAUUUAUGUAUGUUCAAACAAAAGAUGUUAAGUAAUAAACAUCAAAUUUCAACGUCAUCAAGGUUGAAAGUAUGCUGAACAUUUUUUUGGCCUGUAAGUCGACGUCGAAGAUAUGUUUACCCUUUUAAAUCGUAUUCAGUUGUGAUGAAGUGAAAAAUGUAUACAUAUCUUUAACGUCUAUACUAUUGAGGGCGUUUCUGCAGAUACUUAUAUCCGAUAGCGGAGAGUACACAUAAUAAACGAAUGUAACAUACAGUCAAAAGGAAUAUGUAAAGUAUUGCAUGAACUUAAAGCGUCCUUAUGAUGAAGUAUAGUUGCUAUGGGAUCAUCGGGAUCUCAAAAUUGAGUGAAUGUACAUUCUAUUUGCUGAUUUGACAAAUUAAUGUUUAAUUCUAACAAUUUCCUGCAGUAAUCGGUUAUUGGUACACAACAGUGAAUAAUGAAAACGAUAUUAGGGAUAAAAAAUAAUGAAAAGGUUGAUGUGAGCAAUAAGUAAUUGUUAAUUGAGAUUUUGCAGAAUGAUACAGAUUUAAAGAGUUUAUACA